UUCGAUCUGUAAUCGUGGCUAGAACAAAUCUGCAAUUGUGGAUUAAUGAAUUUAUUUUUACGCUUCCUAUUUUAAUGAUUUCAUUGUGCAGUAAUACGUUUGCGGUUUGUACUAUUUGUCUGGCCCGGGGGUUGAUGAAAAUCAAUGUUGAUUUGUAUAAGGAAGUCAAAAAUGUUAAUCGUUGGAGUAGUGCCAGCUUGAGCAACAUGGAGAAGGUUAGCGUACGCAUGAGAACAUGUCAGAAAAUCGAGGAACAGAAACGCCAUUAUUUUGAAACAUAUAAAGUGAUUCGACAAAUUACUGAGUUGUAUUCGUCGAUGGUGUUUUUGAUAGUGUCGUUCUUGUUCUUGAAUAUUAUCGCAGAGCUCUACUUCAUGUGUGAUCACCUAACCAAACGUGCAAAAGGGCUCCCGGCAAGAUCUAUUGUACUGGAAAUUUUUGGAGUUUUACAUUUUUGGCUUCUGGCUAUCGACCUAAAUUACAUUAUAUGUAGUGGCCAAACUUUGAAGAAAGCCAACGAAGAAACUGCCAUAACAAUUCACAAAUUAUCCAUAGUACGUGUGAAUCAAAGGCUCAAAAAAAUUGCAGAGGAGAUAUCCCUUGGAACUCGGCUCAACGAUUUUACUAUCAAACCGAUCAAUUUAUUCAAGUUGGACAACUCGCAGUUGUACAAGAUGGUCCAUGCUAUCACAACGUAUCUCAUAAUUUUGAUGCAGUUUAAAAUGUCAGAAACAUCGGGGGAAACAUCCGGCCGGGCUUAGGUGCUCUAGAACUUUUGUUAAAUAUAGAAAGGACAUCUGUACAGGUCAAGUUUAGGAUACGCAGAUGCUAAGAGUCAAGCAUGGAUGCUAAUUGAACCGUUAGAUUUUAAAUAUGUUGAGUAAAAUCACUUUGAUUUUUUAGCGCCCAAUGUGGGUGCAUUUGCUUCAGAAUAAUUGAAAAGAAAAAUUAUCUUUCUCGCUAUGAAUUAAAUAAUAAAAUGUUUGUGUACCAAAUGGAAAUAUUGCACAUUAUACUUAUGAC